GCCACCUGGGAGGUGGACGGCUCCAGCCCCAGCUGCGUGCCCAGGUUGUGCAGCCUGACCUUGAAGAAGCUGGUGGUGUUCAAGGAGCUGGAGAAGGAGCUCAUCUCGGUGGUGAUUGCUGUCAAGAUGCAGGGCUCCAAACGGAUCCUGCGGUCCCAUGAGAUUGUGCUGCCCCCCAGCGGACAAGUGGAGACCGACCUGGCGCUGACCUUCUCUCUGCAGUACCCUCACUUCCUGAAGAGAGAAGGCAACAAGCUGCAGAUCAUGCUGCAGCGGAGAAAGCGCUACAAAAACCGAACGAUCUUGGGCUACAAAACGCUGGCGGCGGGCUCCAUCAACAUGGCCGAGGUGAUGCAGCACCCCUCCGAGGGCGGCCAGGUGCUGAGCCUCUGCAGCAGCAUCAAGGAGGCGUCGGUCAAAGUGGCCGAGAUCUGGAUCUUCUCCCUGUCCAGCCAGCCCAUCGACCACGAGGACAGCGCCAUGCAGGCGGGGCCCAAGGCCAAGUCCGCAGAUAACUACUCCGAGGAGGAGUAUGAGAGCUUCUCCUCUGAGCAGGAGGCCAGUGACGAUGCCGUACAAGGGCAGGACCUGGACGAGGAGGACUUCGAUGUGGGGAAACCCAAGAAGCAGCGGCGAUCGAUAGUAAGAACGGCAUCCAUGACCAGGCAACAAAACUUCAAGCAGAAGGUCGUGGCGUUGCUGCGGAGGUUCAAAGUGUCAGAUGAGGUCCUGGAUUCAGAGCAGGACCCUGCAGAGCAUGUCCCUGAGGCAGAGGAGGACCUGGACCUUCUGUAUGACACGCUGGACAUGGAGAACCCCAGUGACAGUGGCCCGGACCUGGAGGACGAUGACAGUGUCCUCAGCACCCCCAAACCAAAGCUCAGGCCCUACUUCGAAGGGCUGUCACACUCCAGCUCGCAGACGGAAAUCGGGAGCAUCCACAGUGUCCGGAGCCACAAGGAGCCUCCGAGUCCCGCCAACGUGCCUGAGAAGACUCGAGCCCUGGGAGGCAAGCAGCCAAGCGACAGCGUCUCGGACACGACCCACAGCACACCCGCCCCCGGGGAGCAGCCCGCACAGCCCGAGGACAGCCCGGAGGUGGAGACCUCCGCUCUGGACGUGUUCACCGAGAAGCUGCCGCCCAGCGGGCGGAUCACCAAGACGGAGUCCCUCGUCAUCCCCUCCACCAGGUCCGAGGGGAAGCAGGCCGGCCGCCGGGGCCGGAGCACGUCCCUGAAGGAGCGGCAGCCCGCACGGCCGCAGAACGAACGGGCCAACAGUCUGGACAAUGAGCGCUGCCCGGACACGAGGAGCCAGCUGCAGAUCCCCAGGAAGACCGUGUAUGACCAGUUAAACCACAUCCUCAUCUCUGAUGACCAGCUCCCUGAAAACAUCAUCCUCGUCAACACCUCCGACUGGCAGGGGCAGUUCCUGUCGGAGGUCCUGCAGAAGCACACGCUCCCCGUGGUGUGUACGUGUUCUGCCGCUGACGUCCAAGCGGCCUUCAGCACCAUCGUCUCCAGAAUACAGAGAUACUGCAACUGUAACUCACAGCCGCCGACCCCCGUGAAGAUCGCCGUGGCGGGAGCGCAGCAUUACCUCAGCGCUAUCCUGCGGCUCUUCGUGGAGCAGCUAUCCCACAAGACCCCCGACUGGCUGGGCUACAUGCGCUUUCUCAUCAUCCCGCUGGGUUCCCACCCCGUGGCCAGGUACCUGGGCUCCGUGGACUACCGCUACAACAACUUCUUCCAGGACCUGGCCUGGAGAGACCUGUUCAACAAGCUGGAGGCCCAGAGCGCCGUGCAGGACACACCGGACAUCGUGUCGAGGAUCACCCAGUACAUCGCAGGCGCCAACUGUGCCCACCAGCUGCCCAUCGCAGAGGCCAUGCUGACCUACAAGCAGAAGAGCCCUGACGAAGAGUCCUCUCAAAAGUUCAUUCCCUUCGUAGGGGUGGUGAAAGUUGGAAUAGUGGAACCGUCCUCAGCCACGUCAGGUGACUCAGAUGACGCGGCCCCCUCGGGCUCCAGCGUGCUCUCAUCCACCCCACCGUCCAUGUCUCCCGCGGCCAAGGAGGCCUCACCCACCCCGCCUUCCUCCCCGUCAGUGAGCGGGGGCCUGUCUUCCCCCAGCCAGGGCGUCGGCGCCGAGCUGAUGGGGCUGCAGGUGGAUUACUGGACGGCAGCCCUGCCCGCAGACAGGAAGAGAGAGGUGGAGAAGAAGGACCUGCCCGCCACCAAAAACACGCUCAAGUGCACCUUCCGGUCUCUCCAGGUCAGCAGGCUGCCCAGCAGUGGCGAGGCCGCGGCCACGCCCACCAUGUCCAUGACCGUGGUCACCAAGGAGAAGAACAAGAAGGUGAUGUUUCUGCCCAAGAAAACCAAGGACAAGGAUGUGGAGUCCAAGAGCCAGUGCAUUGAGGGCAUCAGCCGCCUGAUCUGCACAGCCAAGCACCAGCAGAACAUGCUGAGGGUCCUCAUCGAUGGCGUGGAGUGGAACGAUGUCAAGUUCUUCCAGCUGGCGGCACAGUGGUCCUCCCACGUGAAGCACUUCCCCAUCUGCGUCUUCGGACACCCCAAGUCCACCUGCUAGCCCUGCCCCGAAGCCCUGGACGGCGAGCGCCGGGAGGGCCCAGCUGCUUUUCUGCUGACGUUUCAGUUUACUACAGAGACCCUUAAAAACACAAAGGGAAACAGUCUGAAGUAUGGACGUGCUCUCAACCCGGAAACUCGUGGGGAGGGCCCCCCCGCUGCAGCCCAUUAACUGCUCUGCUCAUUAACCAGAUGUGCCGGGGGGUGGGAGGCCAGGUGGACAGCGCUGAGCUCUGAGAGUCACAAAAGGUGUGUUUUGGCCUCGGGACCUCCCGGGCCCCCCAGCAAGAAGGGUCCUCACCCUCGCGUCCUGUUCUCCCUGAAAGCCAGGACUCUGCUUCCUCAGGGAGCUGGGGUCGGGCGGGCGGCCUCCCAGAUCCACGGGCUGCUUGUGUGCCCAGACACAGAGCUGGGUGGCUGGAGGCUGAAGGCCGGCCUCCUGUUGGGGGCGCCCUGAGCAGAACAUGGCGGCCGGGCAGCCCAGGCCUGGGCCCAGCUGCCCACCAGCCGAGAGAUGCCCCAGCACCGCCCACUUGUGGUUCCCAAUAAACUCCAGCCUCGCGGGGCAGCGGAGGUCUUACAGUAGCAGAUAUUUUUAAUGCUUUUAAAUACAUGUUAUAAUGUAGCUGCCAAACAGACAGUGCUCUUCCGAUGUCCCAGUGGCCCCUGGGGCUGGGGCAGAGCCAGCCAGCGCUGUCCCGCGACCCAGCCCCCAACACCCGCCUCACUCUCCCUCUGGCUGUUCUUGAGCCAUCACUAUGCUUCUGCUGGUUGUCCCUGCCCCAAAUUUAGCAAGCACAGUGGCCCCCACAGCUGGCCCCAGCCCGCUCGGCCUCCUCCUCCCACCUGGCCCCCAGGCCAGCUAGGGGGUGUCUGGGCCCAUACAGCACUCAUGUGGCCAGUGAAAGCUCAGGCAGGGCAGCCUGGCCUCAGGACCCAGGCACCACUGGACCUGUGGGUGCAGCUGGGGGUACCCUGAAGAGGCACAGAGCCCUGGCCUCUCUGGGCCAAGCUCCCUAGAGCAAGGUUUUGGGUGGUAGCAUCACCCCCUGCCUUUCCAUGCAGCAGGAAAGGGACAUCCUGACCUGCAGCAAGAGUCCAACCCAGUCUCGCUGCUCCCCUCGCAACCCUGCAGCCCACUUUGCAUGGGAAGAGCCCACCAGUUCCCAUCCUUGGGCAGCUGUGGCCCUGGGAUCCUGGUAGCCCAUCCAGGGGGCCACACUGGCUAUGCUCAGAACACAGUGCCAAAUGCAGGGCAGGCUGCAGGCCAUUCCUGUUCUUCCAGAGGACGGGCCUCACCAACAGCCCAUGGCACCGACAGGUCUGCCCCUGGGGGAGUGAGCGAUGGCCCACUCUUCUUAGCUGUGGCCUACCGGCCGGCUUCCUUCCUCCCCCAAGGCAGUGGCCCCGGGCUAGUCAGGGAGCAGGAGGACAUGGGCCUGACCUUGUGUAUGGCCCUGCCUCGGGGGUGCCUGUGGGCAGAGGACCUUCCCCAUGAGGGCCCAGACUCCUCCCCUGACAGCUCCUGGGACCAGGGGCCCUAAGCCGAACCCUGGCCUGGAAGGACGGGGUCAAGGUGCAGGCUGCUGAGCCCCAGCGUCUCCCGUGGCCUGUACCCUCAGAAGCAGGCCCUGGGACCUUGAGCCUCCCUGCCCUGGUUCCCGCCACUGGGUCUCAGGGCCUUGGUCACUGGGUCUCAAGUUUCCUUUCCAAAAGUCACACUCAGCAGGAAGGAGGUACAGGGGAGGCUCCUGACUUCACUCUCUAGCCACAGAACUGACUUUAGAGGAAGGGGCCAAAUGGGGGGCAGUCACGUCCUUUCUGGCUGUGGGCAGUCCCUCUCCUGGGACCAUCCCUCCCUCCACCCCCCCCCCCCCCCCCCCCCCCCCCCUCCACUUCAAAGCUAUGUCCUCAUUCAUGCAAGGGGAGCACCUUUACCCCGGGCCUACAGAGCCCAGUUGCGGUCUGUCCUGUUCCUAAGUGCCAUGGGGCCCACCCGCCACACUGUCCCCAGGCCCAGGAGGUCAUGCACACAGCCCCAGGCACCGUGACUCCCUCAGAGACCUGGGCUGCGCUCACCCCUGUGCCUCGGCUUCCCCAAUGGCUCAACAGGGUUGGUCACGUUUCCCCUGCCUACCUCAUGGAGCUGUUCUGAGGAUCCAUGGAAAAGCACUUUGUCCCUCCCAGGAAGAGGAUGCAGAAGCCAAAGCCAUCCGUGACGGAACCGUGCAGCUGUGAGCACGUGGGGGUGGCGUGGGGGUGAGGUGUGUGGCCCCGGCAGAAGCAGCCCCCCCAGAGCAAGGGUUCUCAGCCCACCGGGUGACCAGUUGGAACUUGGGACUCAAAGGGCAAGCCACCCAUCACCGCUAGGCAAGGCCGGGCGGGGUCCCACUGCUUCCUCGCUCCUCCCAUGCCCGUCCCCUGGGUCACUGUCUCCUCAGGGCAUGCUGGCCAGGGUCCUGAGUCAGUGUCAUGGCUGCGUCUCGGGGAUGGCACUCAAGGACGGCCUUGCUGCCCUGUCCUUGCCCCCAGACGGGAAGACCAGACUCCUCUCCGGGGCCUGGCCUUUGUCCUGGAGCAGAUUCCUCGUUAGGAGACAGGGCCACUUGCUUCUAAGGGCUGCCAGAGCUCCUACGCCUGCCCCUUGCCCCCUUCCACACCUGGCCCCCGUGCGCGGAGUCGGGAGAGCGUGUCCGCCGCAGGAGCCCGCGCGAGCCCGGCCCGAGGCUGCCUUGGCGGCCACCGCGGGGGGGCCUGAACCUGCAGGCCGAGGAGGGCCGCUCUGCGUCUCUGCAGACCCCGUCCAGCUCAUCGUGCAUUGUUUAGUUUCUAGGAUGUACGUGUUGCUAGGGUUUUUUUUUUUAAAUGGAAAACAGGAUUAAUGUAAAUAGCCUCUUUGGGGAACAGAUUCUAAUCUGUCACGUAUGUGACCACGUGGACUAUUUUAAGGUGCUGAUGCAACACUAAUAAACCUGGGGGCACCCCCAGGCCUUCC